AUGAAGGCUCCAUCAAGAGAUAAUAUACCAGAAAGUGAAGAGGUGAGAUUCAAACAAAAAUGUAAAGAAUUACGUAAACGUGUAUUGGAAAUUGAAGAAAAUAAUGAAAUUGCCACAAUUGCUUUAAGUAGAACUCAAGCUACUAUUAGAAGAUUAAGAUUAGAAUAUGCUAUACUAUUGGAAAGAUUAGAAGAUAGAGCCACUCAAUUGCCAGAUGGUAUUGUUGCCUUUGAAGAAAUGGCAUGUCCACCAACACCCACAAUAUUAGAUGAUUCAUUAGUAAAAUCAAAGACCGGUAAUAAAAAAUCCAAAUCAUCGUCAUCAUCAUCUUCUUCAUCCUCAACAACAUCAUCAUCAGCAAUGAAAAUCGCUUUAGCUUCCGGUUCAUCAAAAUCAUCAAAUGGUCCAUCAGAUGUUGCUAGUACCACAAUGGGUAAACAAAAAGCUAGAGAUCCAGAUUUACCAAAACGUCCAACUAACGCUUAUCUAAUAUUUUGUGAAAUGGAAAAGGAAAGAAUCAAACAAGAUGAUCCCAACGCAUCUGAUCUUUCUAAAAGUAUGACUGAAGCUUGGAAAAAUUUAUCAGAAGAACGUAGAAGACCAUAUUAUAAAUUAUAUGAAGAUGAUAGAAUUAGAUAUCAACGGGAAAUGGCAGAAUAUAAUCAAAAAAAGGGAGGAGGAGGCAGUGGUGGUGGUGAACCUGAUUUGAAAAAACAAAAAUUGGCACCACAGCCUGAGCAAGAGGAAGGUGAUGAGGAUGAAGCUAAUGAAACGAGAAAUUCUCCAAUUGUUAAACAAACUACUGAAACAGCAUCAAGUAAUGAGAAUAAACAAACAACAAAAGUCAUAAAAUCUGAAGAAAAUGGUGCCAUUGCUGCUGAAGAAAACAAAUCAUUAGAGAAUGUUAAUCCAAGUAAUGAGACAACUGAGUCAUAA